UUCCGUGAAUGUCCCCUUUUGCCUCUCUGCUUCCAUAGCACAGCGCGAGCUCGCGGAGAGGACGACGCAGCCCAAGUUACCAAACCUCCUCCCCUCCCCAAUCCCCUCCGCCUCCGGCGUCCCCCCUCUCGCCGCCGCCAGCGAGAUGACGCCGGUCUACCGCGCGCCGCGGGAGACCGACUUCGCGCGCUUCCCCGACUCCGCCCCCAUCGUCAUCGACAACGGCGCCUCCACCUUCCGCAUCGGGUGGGCUGGCGAGGCGGAGCCGCGCGUCUCCUUCCGCAACAUCGUGCAGAGGCCGCGCCACCGCAGCUCUGGUGAAACUGUGACAGUUGUUGGAGACACUGAUCCAGCUCUAAUGAAGUACUUUGACUGCACACGGACAUCAAUUCGCUCAGCAUUUGAUGAUGAUGUCGUCUAUCAGUUCGAGUACAUGGAAUAUAUUCUCGAUUAUGCUUUUGACCGAUUAGGUGCCACAUCAGAGGUGGGCCAUCCCAUUCUUAUGACAGAGUGCGAGUGCAAUCCAUCCUUUUCUCGAGCACGAAUGUCUGAACUUCUUUUCGAGACAUAUGGUGUGCCAUCCGUUGCUUUUGGUAUCGAUGAUGUAUUUAGUUACAAGUACAAUCAGAAGCUUGGAAACUGUGGAGAAGAUGGGUUGGCUAUUUCGUGUGAAUUUGGAACAUGCCACGUUGUUCCAUUCUUAAAAGGGCAGCCUGUGCUGGGGGCAUGCUGCCGAACAAAUGUUGGUGGAUCUCACAUUACUGAUUUCCUGAGGCAGCUCCUCUCUCUUAAAUAUCCCUAUCAUGUGGCAAACUUUUCAUGGGAAAAGGCUGAAGAGCUGAAGAAGGAACAUUGCUAUAUAGCUGCUGAUUAUAUGUCAGAGUUGCAGAUAUUCAAAAAUAACAAGGAAGAAGCUGAAGAGAAGACUAGGUAUUGGCAGCUACCAUGGGUACCCCCACCCAGAGAUGAACCGCCAUCUGAGGAAGAGCUUGCGAGGAAGGCGGCUUAUAAGGAAAAGGCUGGUCAACGUCUGCGAGACAUGGCUGCUGCAAAGAAGUCUCAGAAGAUAGCAGAUCUGGAAGAAAAACUCUCUGGCCUGGAGGAUUUGAUGGAUCACCUUGAUGGAGCUGAUGAACAAGAAGCAACGUCUAUUCUGGGUAGAUCUGGAUACCUUUCCCAGCAGGAAAUCAAGUCUGAUAUUCUGAAAGCAACACAAUCUCUAAGAAAAGCGAAGGGGGAGUCCAAUGGCAAUGAGGAGAAUGCAGAUGCUUCAGGAGCUGAUAAGUACCCACUUGUAUCUGUCCCUGAUGACAUGUUGACACCAGAGCAGUUAAAGGAAAAGAAGAAACAGAUACUACUUAAAACCACAACAGAGGGCAAGCUGCGCGCCAAACAGAAGCGUGCCGAGGAGGCAGCAUUGAGGGAGAAGCAAGAAGAAGAGAGGCGCACGGAGAACCCAGAGUUAUACUUUGAUGAGCUCCGUGCCCGAUAUUUAGAACUUUCUGAGAAAGUCGAUCAGAGGAAGCGACAAAAGGUUAACGGCAACAAUAAUUCAUCUGGCGCCGUAGGCCGUGGCGAGCGUCUAAAUGCCGUCCAGAAAGAAAGAAUGCGGCUGCUCACCACUGCUGCAUUUGACCGAGGGAAAGGCGAGGACACUUUUGGAAUGAGAGAUGAAGAUUGGUUGGUCUACAAAAAGAUGAGCAAAGAGAGCGAGGAAGAUGAUGGAAAAGAUGAUGAUGAAUCAGAACUUGCUCGAAUCGCGUCAAAAAUCCAGGAGGUGGACCCUACGUUUGUGAACAAACAUGACGCUGUUGAACCAGCUCCAGACCCUCAUAAAAUCCGGCCUCUCACUGCAGAGGAUUUCAAAAUCGCCAUCGGGAUCGAGCGGUUCCGCUGCCCUGAAGUACUUUUCCAGCCAGGCAUGAUAGGACUCGACCAGGCUGGCAUUGACGAGAUGGUCAGCAUCUCCCUCAGGAGGUUAAUGGAGGACGAGUCCGUCAAGGAGCGCCUCUGCCAGUCCAUCCUCGUCACGGGCGGCAGCUCCCUGUUUCCCGGGAUGAUCCCUCGGCUCGAAUCGGGGAUCCGGCAGUUCCGGCCCUACCUCACGCCGCUGAAGCUGGUGAGAGCCGCCGACCCCAUCCUGGACGCGUGGCGGGGCGCUGCGGCCUUUGCGGCUUCCAGCAAGUUUGGGAAGCAGACCUUCACAUUGGCGGAUUACAGAGAGCACGGCGAGAGCCUGUUCCAUCGCUACAACAUUGUCUACACGCUGUAGCAGCCUUCUGUUGGUGUCUUCUCCGCUAGCGUAUAGAGAAACUGACGCGUCUUGCUUGUAAACAAAAGUUUUUUUUUUUUUUUGCUUGUGAUCAUGCAUCUUGUGAAGAUGACAUAUUUUUAACUCUUAGAAACACUGAUACCGAUCAUUAUUGUUUAUUAGUCAGUAUAUUAAUUGAUAUCCAUAGUCCAA